AUGUCGCCACUCAGCCAACCGAACGCGAAGAUCGUCUUAGACGCGCCGUAAGCUGGUCGAACCCUCGCAUUGUCUACAGAAUCAAAAUAGCGAAUAUUAAGAUUGGAGAGUUCUAUUCCAAGAAGAUUGAACGAGGUUGCAACGGAUUCUGGCGAGAGAAGAGCAGAGGACACUCCGGAUCCAAUUCAACUGAUACUGAGAGUGAGUAUCCUCAUUUUAACAAAAAUACAGGGGGAACUAAUACUAAUAUAUUUUUUCAGAUUUCUGCAGCGGCUGCUUGGAUCUCACGCGAACAAUUUCGUCAACAGAAGUCGGAUCAUCUGCUUCUGUUCAUCUCCUCCGACGCGGUCAGCUACGGACAGGAGGAAACCAACUACGGCCGCAUCACGAUCGAAUGGACCAACAAUACGGAACGAUGGAACCGCCAAGCAGUUUUGUCUGUUGGUAGUGGUUCCAGAGAGAGACGCCCAUUACGAAUGCUGGUCAACUUACUGUCUCUUGCCGUUUUGAAGCGCAAAUUGCCGGUGUCUUCAGCAAUUUGCCGCAAAUUACAUGUGAGCGCAACGUACGACGACUAGAACACCUCGAUGUGAUAAGUUCGUCAACAAAAUCGGCAACGGAAUCGAGGCGACCAACAUGAACGUUCCAGAAUUGACCCGCCAUGAGCUCGCUCCCAGAGAAGUUGUGCUUCUCGCCGCCUCGUCCGACGCGAUCAGCUACGGACAGGAGGAAACCAACUACGGCCACAUCACGAUCGAGUGGACCAACAAUACGGAACGAUGGAGCGGUCAAACAGUUCUGUCGAUUCUAUAG